GGGCCGCGCGCGGCCAUGGCGGCGCCGGGCGCUGAGGAGCUGCGGGCGGGCGGGCCGGGACCCGCGGGCGGCCCGGGGCUGGGCGCCGGCCCGCCGCACCCCGGCGUCCCGCCGCACCCCGGCGUCCCGCCGCACCCCGGCGUCUCGCGGCGGCGCGGGCGGACGCUGCUGGUGCGGCACCUGCCCGCCGAGCUGACGGCGGCGGAGAAGGAGGACCUGCUGCAGCACUUCGGGGCCGUGUCUGUGCGCGUCCUGUCGGACCACGGGCGGCUGAAACAUACUGCUUUUGCCACCUUUCCCAGUGAAAAUGCAGCUGCAAAGGCUUUAUCAAGACUGCAUCAGCUGAAACUUUUGGGUCAUACAUUAGUUGUUGAAUUUGCAAAGGAGCAAGAGAGUGCACAGGUACUUAGCCAGCCUUCUGUCUCAGACAAGUGCAAAAGUUUGGAAGAACCAGUGAAAGAAGAAGAGAAGAUAGAACCAAACUGUAUUAAAAUAGAGAAUGGAAUUGCACCCAACCAUGGCCUCACCUUUCCCAUCAAUUCUUGCCUCAAAUAUUUGUAUCCACCACCUUCAAGUGCAAUUCUAGCAAAUAUAGCAAAUGCCUUGGCAAGCGUGCCCAAAUUUUAUGUCCAGGUACUCCAUCUGAUGAAUAAAAUGAAUCUUCCUCCACCUUUUGGACCAAUUACUGCUCGUCCUCCAAUGUAUGAAGAGUAUUUACCAGUGCCUGUGCCACCUCCCCCAAUCCCACCUCUGCCUCCUGAAGAGCCUCCUUUGCCUGAAGAGGAAGAAGGACUGUCUAGUGGGGAUGAAUCCGAAUAUGAAAGUGAUAAUGAUGAGGAAAAGGAGAGAAUGACCAAGUUGAUGGAAUUGGCAACCCUUCAGCCCAAAAGACCAAUAAACACAAAGAAGCGUGGUGUUAGAAAAAAACAAAGAAUUAAAGACAUGUUGAAUGUUCCUGUGUGUACUUCCCACAGUAACUCGCACCCUACACUGUCACCUUCAGAUGUCUUUGAGCAGCUGCAGCACGUAGGUCAUAAAAAAAUAGAGUUUCAUAUUAGUACUGAGAUCCCAGCUGUUGUUCAGACAAACCCAGAAAAAGAAGAAAAAAAUGACCUUUAUGCAACCACGGAAGAAAUCAAUAAUACAGGCUUUGGAAGGAUUUUCCCAGCUCCUAGCUCAAAUGAUAAAAUGGAAACUGAAGAGGAGGAUGAUGAAAUACCAUCAGAAUUUAUUUCUAGAAAGGAUCUAGAAAAAAACAGACUUUCUAGAGAAGAAAUGGAAAAAUAUUCUGUUUUCAAAAACUAUGAGCCAGGUGAUCCAAAUUGCAGGAUAUAUGUGAAGAAUUUAGCUAAACAAGUUCAAGAAAAGGACCUUAAGUUCAUUUUUGGAAGAUAUGUUGACUUCCAGUCAGAGGUGGAACGCAAUAUGUUUGAUAUCCGUUUGAUGAAAGAAGGCCGGAUGAAGGGACAGGCUUUCAUUGGACUUCCCAAUGAGAAAGCAGCUGCUAAAGCACUGAAGGAAGCAAAUGGCUAUGUCUUAUUUGAAAAACCCAUGGUGGUUCAAUUUGCUCGUUCAGCUAGACCAAAACAGGAUGCCAACGAAGGGAAAAGAAAAAAGUAAAACCCUGCACAAGGUAGCAUAAAGUUAUGUGUGUGCAAUACUGAGAAUCAAGUAAAAUUAAACCACAUUCUGCUGUUCUUCUUUAGAAACAUUCCUGCGUAAAUACUGCAAUAAUACUGUCAUGCAGAGUGUAUCCUUUCUUGUUGUAUCCUUUUUUGUGCAAUGUUUCCUGUAGCACUCAACUGCAUCUUAAGUUUUCAUAUAGAGUAGGUGUGGGGAGAAGUUAACAUGUUUUAAACUUGAGCUAAUCUAAUAAUUUUAAAAAGCAAAUUUUUUCAGGGGGGGAAAAAGAAACCAAUGAGUUGUCUGUGUUGUGUGAAUAGACACAAUGAAGGUUCUUAGUCUUAAAAGGUGGCCUUCACCUUCUUCCUCAGAUACCCUACUAAUUUGUUCCUUAGUGAAACAGUUCUAGUUCACACCAGCUGGUCUGUGUGAAGCUGUGCUGAGCUCACACUGACCAAGUCACCUUGUUUUACUUUAAAAACAUAUUAAUAUAAUAUGUUGGCUAAAAUACAUUGCAGUGCAGUUUUAAUAUUAGGGGGUUGACCAGUAUUUUAGAUCAUUUGAUGAUUACUGUUGUCCUGGUACAUGAGAAACAAUUUGGAGUUGAUUUAGUUAAUACAUUCCUUACUUUGUUUAUUUUUUUUUUGAGUAAAGAAGAAAAUUAACAAUAUCUUGCAAUUAAGUAUUUGGAGCUGGACUAAUAAUCAACUAUUAAUCACUGCUACUUUCUGGUUGUUUGGGUUUUGUUACAUUGCUGUCUGCACUUAGGUAGUGUUGUUGCUAGUGACCUAUAUGUUUCCUGUGGGUUUCAUUCUACAUUACUGUUUAACAUUCCGUAAUAUAAAAUUAAUACAUUCUGCAUUUAUUAUGAUGUAUUUUUCACAGACAUUAAGCACUUUUUAAAACACUAAGCAUCUUUCAAUUUAGUUGUGAAAAGCCAGUCUAACACUACUAUUUUUUGGUAGUUCUUACUUUUAACAUGCCUUUGUGAUGUUCCAGGUCCCUUUUGUGUUCCUUCUCUUUCAAGUAUUAUCAAGCUGGGGAAGAAGCAGUGUCACCAUCAGGACUCUUGAACUGUGCGUAGUUGCAUUUCUAAAGUAUUUAAGGCAGAUGAUAAAUUUUCCCGUCUUAAAGAUAUCUGUAAUCUUUAAGUAUCACAAGACUUACUACAUCAUAAAUGUAUGUUAGAUUGCUUGUGAAAUCUAAUAAAUUAUUUAACUUCUCUUCA